AUGGCAAACAGCCAGAACAUCCAGCAAUGGCACGUGAGCGAGCCGUACCUGGAAACGCACUGCUCGCUGGGUGAAGGGCCCUACCACGAGCCAGCCACCAACACGCUCCGCUUCGUCGACAUCAAGAAGAAGCAGCUCCACUCCGUUUCGCUCACCGAAGGCCCCUCGUCGCUCAAGACGCUCCAAUUCGAAGAGUCCGUCACAGUCACGGCCGACAUCGAGGGCCGGGACCCGCAGGAGACGGUCGUGGUCGGGGCGAAGCAGGGCCUGGCGGUGCUGGAUAGGAAGACGGGGAGGUACGAGUACGUGAGCAAGUUUGGGGAGGAAAAGGGGGAGCGAAUCCGCAGCAACGAUGGCGUGGUGGAUCCGAACGGCCGGUUCUGGCUCGGCACCAUGACGGAUUUCGGACUGGGCGCUUUCCAACCCGAGGGGUCCCUCUACUGCUUCGCCCUCGGCACCCCGGCAACGCGCUUCCGCGCCGGGCUCACCAUCCCCAACUCAAUCGGCUUCUCGCCCGACGGCCGCACCAUGUACUUUACGCACUCGACCGCCCGCGAGGUGCUGGCAUGGGACUACGACGCGGCCGCGGGAGGCAGCCUGUCCAACGAGCGUGUCUUUUACCGCCACGACGGGCCCGGCGAGCCCGACGGCUUCCGCGUCGACACCACCGGCAACCUGUGGCACGCCGUGUACGGCGAGUCGCGCGUGCUCCAGAUCUCGCCCGCGGGCGAGCUGAUUGGCCAGGUCAACAUCCCCACGCGCAACGCGACUUGCUGCGAGCUGGUUGGUGGCGGGGAGCUGGUCAUCACUACGGCGGCCGACGACGAGGGGGAGGGGGAGAGUAAGCGGCUGGGUGGGGCUGUGUUCCGGGUGGCGGUCGGCGCCGAGGGGGCGAAGAGGUUCGCGUUUAGGCUCACUAUCCUGUUCUUUGAGAAGCGUGAACCACCCAGAGGAUCUCUCGUGGAGAGGUCCGAUUUUUGGCCACUCAUGGGUCGGUCCCUGGGCCCUUUCCCCCUCUCAGGCAAGAGGUCGAGGAGGCGUUGGCCCAGACGCGGUGUCGAAAGAGCUGGGCGCUUCGAGAACCGCGGAACGGGAGUCGCGUGUGAUGAGCAGCACAAGGAGCACUGUUUUGGUUCGCCAGGACUGGAUUUGGCUCCGCCGGUCAUGAUACGUGAUGAUCGCGGUGAUCUCAUGAUGACUCCAAGUGGCUCCUUCUUCAACCACUGGCACGUCAGCAGGGCCGCCGUGGGGUGCGAAGCACUGUGA